UUCUGCCAUCUAGCGAUGAAAACGUUGAACUGCACUUUACCCUUUGAACCUCGCCUGGUUGUCGUGUGCGUCCUGCGCUGCGCCGCGACCACCAAAAUGUCUUUAUUAUUUCAUCGCAGUCUCAGACACUGUCUGGCUACCACAAAUAUCUUAAAAGCUGGAAGAAUUAGGCAUUGUGCGACUGACGCCGACCAAAAGCCGAAGACGAUACACGACAGAGCUGCACAACUCUUCACCGUAUGCUUGGACGGGACUGCAGGAAGUGACAACACCGCCACCCUGCGUUAUUCUUUAAAAGGCGCCGGAGAGGUUGACCUGCUCUCAACACAAGUGCCUGAGUCUUUCCGAGGCAAAGGUGUAGCUGCACAGCUCGCAAAGGCUGCCUUGGACUUUGUUGUUGAAGAAAAGCUAAAAGCUCGCAUCUAUUGCUGGUACAUCAAAAAGUAUGUGGAUGAGAACCCUGCUCUUGGAUACAAGGACCACAUUGUAGAGUAGGCCUAAAGUGAUGCUACUAGGACUAGGCCUAUAGGCCAUUUGUCUAGCACAGCCUCAAUUGGCAGAUAUGUCCUGCUAAAUUCAUCAUAGUUUUUUUUUUUAAUCAGUAUUCACAAGGUGUUCAAUGCAGUAGCUGGACUAUUGUAAUUAUAAAAAUAAUUGCCAAACAUUUGAUUUUUACAAAAAAUGUAUUUGAUAAUAACUUGCAAUAACUUCUGCAAUUAAAAUUGCAAUUUAUUUUUCUGA